AUGUCUACAGAGAUUAUGUUCAUUGAUGCACUUGACAAAUCUACGCCAGCUACAAUCCUUCGCUCCGAGCCACUGCGGUCGGCUUUCAGGUCAUUCCUAGAGCGUGGCACAGAGAAAGAACUUCAACAGCUUUUUGAUUUACACAAACCAAGUAUAUGCCAUGGAAGGAGUGCUCCGGCCAGCUAUCAAUCAAACUGGACUAGACGUGAGCCUGAUUUGCUUCCUAAACAACCGCGAAGUUCCCAUAACGAGACAAGUCUACCUAUCAGGACCCCUUUUGAUCCCUCGUUGAAGUCGACAGUACAAGUACCGUCAAACCGCGGAAGACUCCAAAAAUCGAGAUUAUUGUUGUCAAUACCUCAGUCACAACCUAUCGGACAUUUAGAACAACUGGGUGCAUACGUAUGCGCCUGUGGUAUGAGUGAUUACCACAGAAAGUGCCUCAUCAAUGCGGCUGCAGCCUACGUUGCUCCCAGUAUUAGCCCGGAAGAUCUGAACAGUAUCUGGAAUCUCGGCGGCGCCAUCUUCGGAGGAGGUGAGGCGAAAACAAGAUUCAGUCGACUAUAUGACGGCCAGAAACGCGUCCAGGAGAAAAGCAACACUAUUGCCUUUUUAUCGCGUACAGUUUCUGUCCUUCUACGAAAUGAUAUUGACGACAGGGCGAACAUGGUAGAAAAGCGUUCUCUUAGCAAAGGACGCGGGAGACUGAGCGUGGCUUUGGAGCAACUAGCACAGGAAAUUCCUACGACAAAAGAGAAAAUAUCUGGAGAGUACACUCGAUCAGCAUUACUUUACAGGCUCAUCGAAAAAUGUGGGCUUGGCGACCUUGCCACACUUGGUGCUGACAAUAACCAUAUUUGGCAGAAAGACCUCUCGAUCCGUGACGUGGACUUCCUAAUAUCUUUCAGGAGAAAGAAUUAUCCUAGGGCGGAGAAAAUUGCACGGCAAUUGGACUUCCCAGUCGCGUCGUUGAUGAUCGAAGCACUGACAACCUGUGGUUGGGGAUAUGAUGAAUUGGCCACCGGCAACACACAAUUCUUGCAACAUUUACGGUGUAUUGUGGCUGCGGAUAGCCUGGCCAAAGGGUACAUUGAGAAGGCUAUAAACCAUAAUAAUGAUCCAGUGUCUGGAAGUGAAGGACGGAGACCUCUUUGUAAUGAGCUAAUGAUACUGGGCCAACAAACUGCGUCCAGCUAUGCCCGUGAACCUGCUCAGCCUGGGGGAGAUCAAGAAGGCUAUCUGAUGGCUUUGAUAGUUGAUGGGAAGAUUGAACACGCUUCAUCAGAACGCAGAUGCCGGAAAAGGCCGCCCUCUGACUUUUAUAAUAAGUCUAAAUGUCUCUAA